GUUCGCUCAUCCCGUGUACUCACUGUUCACGUUCAUCCCAGCAGCCGUCCUCGGCAAGAGGUGGCUUUUGUGUGGUCGUCGCACUGGGGAUCCCUGUCCUUCAACGUUGGCCUCAAUGCCCUGAUCAUGCACGGGUUUGGUGGCAGUGGGGGGUUUGUCAACUGGUGGUGGGCUUUUUUCAUGCUCCCCGCUCUCUUCCUCUACACCUCGCUUCAAGCCAACCUCGGCAAAUCAAACCCGCUGGCCGUGCUGGGCUAUCUGCUGCCGGGGGCCUUCCCAGUGGCAUUCUCCACCACCUUCACAGUCUUUUUCCUCGAGUUCAUGGCUGAGAAGAUGGGCGCCACCGGCACUCCGCCCCUGCCAUUUGGUCCCUUCCUAGCAGACGUGGUGCUGGCAGCGUGCACGGGUUUCUGUGUGUGUCUCAUCAUGGCGCCAUACGCCGCGUUGCUCUCACGCUACCUCGCGCGCCCCGCUGUCCUGCACGGCCUCCUCCUCUCCUCCCUGCUCGCCGCGGCCCUCACCUCGCAACUCUUUCCCUACGACACGCACGCCCCGAAACGCGUGCUCAUGCAGCGAGUAUACAGGAUGCAAGGCGGCAAGGCAGUGAGUGCAGAGACCACAAUAGCUACUGGCGACUCCAAUGAUGCCACCUUCCUUCUGCACCACGUGCCCCGCCUCGCCCGCUCCCUCGGCGUGCCCCCUCCUCCCGCGCACCAUCACUCCAACCGCACCACACUCACCAUCGCAAGGCCGUCCAAUCUGCUGGCCCUCUACCCGGUCUCCAGUCUCCUAGACCGCCCCUUGACCUUCCCCGCGCCCCUCUCCCCUCGCUUCGACGACCCGAACUUCCAGCUGCCCUCUCUCCGCGUGCUGCAGCAGCACACCUCCUCCUCCGCGCAGCAACUGGGUGUGGAUGGGGAGUGGCGAGGCGGGAGGAGCCUGGAGGAAAUGGAUGAGAGGGAGAUUGAGAACUAUGGGCUGGAGAUGGAUGGGGAGGGGGAGGGAGGAGCAGCCGUGCAGACGAAGGGGGGGAAGAGACGGAGGAUUUACCUGGAGCUUGCAUCAGGGUCACUGGCGCAUGUGUGGUCUGCUGUGCUGAACAUCACCGGCCCUGUCACUGCGUGGUCCCUCACCCCCACCCUCCCAGCGCGGGAGAAGGUUGCAGGAGGGCCACCGUCCCUCAUGGUGCACUACUCGGGUGCAUUCCCAUGGCAGCUGUGGCUUGAGGUGAAAGGACGGCGCAGGAUACAUGUUGAGCUGGCGGUGCUGGACCAUGAGAUGGAUGCUGACGUGGCACAGAUGAAGAGCCUCUUGCCAGACUGGACUGCUCCGAUCGUGUCCUCUUCCUACGUUGCCCAUUACACAUUCUGA